AUGUGGAUGAUGAAGGAGCGUGGCGAGACGAGACCGGAGAAACGGGACCUGGAAAACAAGAACAAAGCCAUAAACGAGGGGCAGGAAACAGAACUGAAACACAGAACAAGCACAAAGGUCAGAGCAGGAGGGGACCCCGGAGAGGCCAAGGAGAUAGGGCGAGGGACAGGUGAAUGGGAUGAGGAGGAAGUUGAAGGGGGGACCAGGGAAGGCGAGGAGGAAGCCGGAGGGGACACCGGCGUAGCCAUAGCAGGCAAAGCAGACGUCCACAACGAGUGGUGGGACCAGCAGGCGGCUGAGGAGCUGCAGUGGGGGAACCUGCAGGUGACUGAGGAGGCAUCGGAGGCGGGACUGAGGCUGGGCGAAGAGGCGUCAGAGGGGGACCCGCAGACAACAGCUGAACAGGAGCCACAGGACCCACAGGCACCCCCCGAGUCCCAGCCAAGGCUUAACCUGAAGACUGCUACCCUUCCAAAUGACCACCGCUCUCCAACCACUGUAGGACCUCUUGGAUGGACCUGUCAUGAAAAUGAAAAUGACACAGCAGGAGUGAGACAUGAGACAAUCAAUCGGGGAGGGUGCAGGGCAACGAGCAAUCAGAUGGCAGCUCAUCUUGUGUGUUUCAUAAUCAUCCUGCAAGACUUGCUCGGGGUGGGACAACAGACAGGACCACAUGACGCAGGGAGGAGAGCAGGAAACGGGGAUUUCAUGUUGGGUUGUGGUGGAGCUGCAACCGAGGACUGGAGGGCCAGAGUUUGUUCACACUGCGGGAGAAAAGGAAGCUCUUACAUAAGAUUUGGAAACAAGUGACAGGUGAACUGAGGGGGCUCGGUAGAUACCUGACUGCACCUUGCCCCAGGAUGUACAGUCCUGGUCAAGAUUAUACUCCUCAACUGUAAAUACAUAAUGUCGAUAAUCAGUUUAAAAUUCUUUGCCUAUAAACAAACUGCUGCACUACAUUUACAAAGAGCUGUACUUUGGUUUCAUCUAUCCAUUGAACAUUAUUCCAGAAAGAUUGUAGCUUAUAUAAGAACGUUUUUGCAAACGUAAGUCUUGCCUUUUUGGGUUGUUCUGUCAAUAAUAAUUACCUCCAUUGCAUUCACCCAUGGAGUCCUACGUAGGUUAGUGUGUAGUGAAUGACACAGACAGAAACCACCACUCCAGUUGCUGCAGGUCAGCCUGAAGCUCUUUAGAUGUCCUGCAUUGUGUUUUUUCCACAAUUGGUGCCCAACCUUCACAGGCUCACAGUUUCUUCUUAGCACCACCUCUUGAAAGCAUCUUAAGACUUUUAUGACUGGGAAACUUCUUGAUAACGUUACGAGCUGUUUUUUGGUGAUUGUCUUGUAACUUUCGAAAUGUUUUAUGAUAAUGGUAGUUUUGAUGCUUCCAGACAGCUCCAUUGUCAUUACCAUUGUGAAGAGGAACCUGGAAGCAAUCAGCCCCUUUUCAUGUAGUAAAACUAUCAUUCGUUGCUUAAUUCGGAUCAUGUGAACACUGAAGAUUAAACACAGGUGAAUCUUGUUUCCUAGUUUAUUUGAGGAAGUAAUUUAUAAUCUUAUAAAGGUGCCAAUAAUCGUGUCCUGCGUACAGUUUAGGUCAAAUUUUUUUUAUUUUGCUAUAUGACAGCUUUUUAGUUGUUGUUUAAUAACUUUGGACAUUUUAUUAAAUAUCCUGAUAUACAAAAAUGGUUCAUUAGCACUUAUUUCUGAAGAUAAUCUACACUCUGUACUUGCAGUUGAGGGAUGCCAAUAAUUCUGACCAGAGGAAUUGAAACAGCAGCAAAAGAAAAUAUUAAAGAGUCAAUCGUAUUUUUAAAUUUUUUGUUCAAUUUUAGCUCUUUUGUAUUGAAAGUGUAAAUGAAAAAACUCAUCAUAUUGUCUAGGAUGUGCUGAAAAAAAGGUAUAACACACUUGCAUAUUAAACGUUUUUAAAGGUUUCAUUUAUUAGGCUAAACAAAGACAUGUAAAAGGGCAAGAACAAGGGUUAACUUGUGCUCAAAGGCGCCGGCCCAGCGGGUCACAACUGCAGUGUCAUCCACAAGGAUCAUUCCAU